CAUGCAUUUAAAAAUAGCAGUUAUAUUAGUAAUUUCCUUUUCAAUAAUAGAAGACAGAGGUAAAACAUUGACGCAAAAACUUACAGAAAAGGCAAAAGCUUAUUACAAAACUAAAUAUGGAAAAGACAGUUCGACGCAUUUUUUAGGAUAUGAUAUAACAGAAUAUCCUGGAAGAAAUGCUGAAUACAAAAAAAUACACAGAAAAAAAUGGGAGAAGUACUACAGUUGUUUGCAAGACCAAGAAGAUAGUUUCGGAAAUCAUGGAUCAGCAACUCCCGAAGCCGUUUUAGGAUUCCAAUGUUUAUCUAUUAGAUUUGAUUGUAAAGUAUGCAUAAGUCCCCUGGAAUUGUCCCAAAAAGAUGCCGUAGAAUGGUACUGGACACCAAAGUCAACAAACAAACUACAACCUGUUGAAUAUACCGAACAUGUUCUUUUAUCAUCAGAUGACAAAGCUUUAACAAUCUAUAAUUUACAAGACAGUCAUACCGGUCAAUAUAUCUGCUUUCUUGGUAAAACAGGAAUGUCACCGUAUUUUUUAACAGUUAUUGAUGGCUCGCUUAACAUAGAACAGGUUUAUCCAACAUCUUCUACAAGCAAUCCCCAUCCGGCUCCUCCUAAACUCAUUACACAACACAAUGUUUACAUAUAUACAGAAUGGUCACAGUGGUCACCCUGUAGCAGAUGCGGAAAAGUAGGGAAAAUAUUUAAAACUGGUUAUUGUACGGUAAUUUCAGGGGAUUAUUUUGAUAACAGCGAAGAUAACACUAAUAAAAUAAAGACAUUGAAAAGUGACGAAUCGGGAUCUGGAUUUGAAUUGUUCACGAUAUUUAAACUAGGCAUCCCAUGUCAGUCGCACAUUCUGCCAAGCAGCAUCAAAUAUUUAGACGAGGUGCAAAACAGAAAAAACGAAAUAAUGAUAGGAUUUUGCAAAAAGAGUUGUAACGACGAUGUGGUGUUUGAAGUAAGAGACGGGAACGGACGUGUGAUCGAAACAGCUAAUAAUUCCGCAGGGAUUUAUUCAAUAAUACAAGGAAUACCGCCUGUAGAUCCAGAUGUUAAACGAAAACUAAUAUAUGCUGCGAAAGGAGAAAAAAUUAUUCUCACUUGUCCAGGAAAUCUCAACUCUGACGCACCUGUCCAAUGGCAAAUAAACAGCAAAGUUUUAAUACCAGAAAUAAUUUCGGAAGAAUCAAAAAAUCGAAUAGUGAUUAGCGUCAUGGACAAAAUAAUAAUUAAAGACGUCCAUCUCACAGACUCUAAUAUUUACAGCUGUUGGCAAAACAGAGAAUUAGCCGGCACCAUUAGGCUCAUUGUAGAAAAGAAAAUCAAGCUUAAUUUCAAUCACCACAUUAUGCUUGUGGGAGUAGCCAGUAUACUUUUAACGUUCUUUUACUUCUAUUUAAAUGCCUUCCUAGGUAGAAAAGUCACUACUCAAACAACGUAACAAAUUUAUCGUUUAACGAAAACUUUAAUUACCAUAUUAAAACAAUAUGUUUUAUCCUAACAAAAAAAUGUAAUUAUGAAGAUAUCACCAUGUGACACACAUUACUUUAAUGGUAACAAGUUGAAUAUGUAUACAGUAAAACACAAGAUUUUUAUGGUGCAAAUUAAUUAUUAUUAUUAUUAAGUAAACCACUAUAAUUAAGACGAAAGAUUAUCUCAAUAAAGAUAUGCAUUUAGCAGUUUUACAUUUAAAAAUAAACAAACAUCACGAACAAUGGGAACAUUGCAAUAAAGCAAAGGAACGCUUAUCAUAUAUGUCAACUUGAUUAUAUAGGGUGUGGACUCAUUUAAAUGGACAUAUGGGUAGAGAAAAGGCAUAUUUUUAAUUUAAAUUAUGUAUAAGUAAUGAUGGCGAAAAAGUAAAAUAAAACUUACCACAAUUC